CAAUAUAGGAUAAUAGGUCCACUUCAAUUUGGGUCCUUUUCAUCAUUUUGUGACCCUUUUCGUCAUUUUUUUGACCCUUUCAAUAUAAAGCAAUGUCAACUGUAAAAUAGUAGGAAUAUUUAUUGUCAUUGGGAGGACUACAAUUAAAUUAGGAGCACUACUCCUGAUCAGUACAGUUAAAAGACACAGAACAAAACAGUUAAACACAAGACAAAAUCAAAACGACUUUAGCAAACGAACAUCCUCCGUUGACAAACAGAAUGGAAAGUCCAAUACAUUUAAGUUAAUCAAACAAUAUGAUAGCUGGCCUCUUCUCUGCAGGGCUGAAUAAUUGUUUAGUGUGCAUCAAAUCAAUGACACUUUGUUUAUAUUUGACAUGCAUUCACAUAGAUAAGGUCAAAACAGCUGAAACAAAUGUAAGUGAAAGAAAAUGCCUUUGGACAGAUAUUAAAUCUCUCAUUCCAAUUUGUUUAUUUCUGUAAAAAUGUAAGUUGACUGAGUCCAACAAUUGUAUUAUUGUAAUAUGUUCUCACAUUAAUUAUUAGUGGUAUUCCCAGCUGUCAUCCAUAUCUCCCUUUUUUUCUAAGCUGUCAACCAUUACAGCUUCUCUUUAUAAAAGUUUCUGUCCCCCCGCCAGUGCGGAUGAACACUGAUGCCGCUUGACAGUCAUGCACAUUAAGCGUGUGUGUAUGCAAACCAGGCGUAACCUUGGGGUGUAUUCCCAGAGGAAAAAACGGUCCAUGUUAAGUUGGAUUGUGACAGCUUGAAAUACCCUCGGCCUCUACAGAUUAGGAUAGGCAGAAAAACAUGCUUCUUUUAAACAUUCCAGAAACCGUGAAAGGAGAAUUUCCACGUGCAAUAUAGCAAAGAAUUGCCAUAUAGUUCUAAAAUAUAUCCGGACUUAUUUAUAUAAAUAUCUGUAAAAUAAUUUCUGUGAAAAGGCUAUGUUACUGUAUGCUGUUUUUUCUUUAGAAAGUGCGACACAAAGGUGCAUGAGUAAUUGAAGUAGAAUUUAAUAGCUUCUCUAAAGCCUGUUGUAGUUAUAAAAACGAUCAGGGUUUAAACAGUGAUCAACUUGUUUUGUGUCCUUGAAUGUGAGGGAAUUUGGGCUGGAAAGUCCUUGAACGUGAUGUGUAAGAACCCUUCUCUUAAUUGCGUAGCAGUUUUACUCGGAGGGCAUCACAAAGUUUAAUUCAUGUGCUUGUAUGUUCCUCAGCUGAGUGCCUCCACACCUUAUCGUUCGGCAACAGUUUUAUGAUGGAUGUCUCUCUGGCACUGUUGCCAGGCAGCAGAGUUCCCAUACUGGCCUGUGGGGGUGAUAACUCCCAGGUGGAUCUGUAUGUGCUGUCUAAUGGAGAGCUCCAGAAAUCCAUGUCUCUGCAAGGACACGAAGACUGGGUUCGUGGAGUGACCUGGGCAUCUCUAGGUGGAGAGCUGCUAUUAGCCAGCUGUUCCCAGGACUGCCUCAUCAGAGUGUGGAGGCUGUGUGCCAAGUCUGGGACAGAUGCCCACACAGAGGACGAUCACACCAUCAUCAAAAUGAAAGAGGACGUUUUUGAAGUGAGGGAGAAAGAUGUGUCCUCCUCGGUGUUUGCUGUGACUCUUGAGACAGUCCUGGCUGGACAUGAGAACUGGGUCUAUGGAGUCCACUGGCAGCCUCCUGUCUACAAAGGUGGAGAGCUGCAACAGCCUCUCAGUCUGCUCUCUGCCUCCAUGGACAAAACCAUGAUCAUCUGGGCCCCUGAGGAGGGGUCUGGAGUCUGGGUGGAGCAGGUGAGUGUUGUCUUGAGCGCCUUCACACACACAUACAUGCUAUCAAUCACUCUCUGCAGGGAACACAGGGUUUGCACACAGACCUACACACCAAUCCCUUUCCUGCUAGUUUUCCUUUCAGCAGCUCUUGACAUGAUCCAAGCGUUUGAGCCCCCUGCAGUAUUCUCUCUCCUGCUGUCAGGGCCCCUGCGUCAGUCUCCACUCUCCCUGGCAUUGAGGUGUCAGGAAUAG